AUGUGUACGAUGAUGAGCUAUGUGUGCAUGCUGGAUGUGUGUAUGAGGACAGGAGGUGCUCUGCAGCUGUCUGAGGCUCAGAGUCCAGCCUGCGGAGGAGCUGGAAAAGUGACCAUGAUCCCCGCGCUGCUGCUGCUGCUGCUCUGGAUCCUGGGCGGAUGGGGCAGGAUGGCUGGCCCCCACCCCAGGCUCAGACUGUCCUUCCAAGAGUUAAAAGCGCGCCACGGGCUGCGCACCUAUGGGCUGGAGCGCUCCUGCUGCUACGAGGCGCUGCUCCUGGACGAGGAGCGGGGCCGGCUCUUCGUCGGCGGCAAGAACCACCUGGCCUCCCUGAGCCUGGACAACAUCAGCAAGCAGGACAAGAAGAUCUACUGGCCAGCGCCUGUGGAGUGGAGGGAGGAAUGCAACUGGGCCGGCAAAGACAUCAACGCCGAGUGUAUGAACUUCAUCAAGAUCCUGCACCUGUACAACCGCACCCACCUAUACGCCUGCGGCACGGGCGCCUUCCACCCCACCUGCGCCUUCGUGGAGGUCGGCCAGCGCAUGGAGGAGCCCGUCUUUAAGCUGGACCCUGCAGCCAUGGAGGACGGCAAAGGGAAGAGCCCGUACGACCCGCGGCACGUGGCUGCCUCAGUGCUCGUGGGGGAGGAGCUGUAUUCCGGGGUGGCCACCGACCUGAUGGGCCGCGACUUCACCAUCUUCCGCAGCCUGGGGCUGCGCCCGUCCAUCCGUACCGAGCAGCACGACUCCCGCUGGCUCAAUGAGCCCAAGUUCGUGGACGUAUUCUGGAUCCCGGAGAGCGAGAACUCGGACGACGACAAGAUCUACUUCUUCUUCCGCGAGACGGCGGUGGAGGGGCAGCAGGGGCUGGGCAAGGCCAGCUUUGCCCGCAUCGGCCAGAUCUGCAGGAACGACCUGGGUGGGCAGCGGAGCCUGGUGAACAAGUGGACAACGUUCCUGAAGGCCAGGCUAGUGUGUUCGGUGCCAGGCAGCGACGGGGGCGACACCUUCUUCGACGAGCUCCGUGAUGUCUUCCUGCUGAGGACGAGGGACACACGGAACCCCCUGCUCUACGCCGUCUUCUCCACCUCCAGCUCGGUGUUUAGGGGCUCCGCCGUCUGCCUGUACAACAUGCACGACAUCCGCCGAGCCUUCCUGGGGCCCUUCGCUCACAAGGAGGGGCCCAACUACCAGUGGGUGUCGUACCAGGGCCGUGUGCCCUACCCUCGCCCGGGCAUGUGCCCCAGCAAAACCUUUGGCACCUUCAGCUCCACCAAGGAUUUCCCCGACGACGUGAUCCAGUUCGCCCGCAACCACCCACUCAUGGCCAACCCCGUGUUGCCACACAACCAGCGGCCCGUUUUCCUGCAGACCAGCGGGGACUACACCUUCACCCGCAUCGCCGUGGACCGGGUGACGGCCGCCGACGGGCACUACGACGUCCUCUUCAUUGGCACAGACGUUGGCACAGUGCUGAAGGUGGUCUCGGUGCCCAAGGAGAGCUGGCAGAACAUGGAGGAGCUGCUGCUGGAGGAGCUGCAGGUGUUUAAGGAUUCGUCCCCCAUCACCAGCAUGCAGAUCUCGUCCAAGCGGCAACAACUCUACGUGGGCUCCCCGACGUCCCUCUCCCAGCUGCCCCUGCACCGCUGCGGGAUCUACGGCAAGGGCUGUGCUGAGUGCUGCCUGGCCAGAGACCCCUACUGCGCCUGGAACGGCACCAGCUGCACCCGCUACAUGCCCAACACCAAGAGGCGUUUUCGACGACAGGACGUCCGGAACGGCGACCCCAACACACUGUGCUCUGGAGAUCCCCACCAGAGCAGCGUGCCGGAGAAGAAGCUGUACGGGGUGGAGGGCAGCAGUGCCUUCCUGGAGUGCGUGCCCAAGUCCCUGCAGGCCCGGGUGCUGUGGACCUACCAGAAAGCCAGCGACACCCCGAGGAAGGAGGUGCAGCUGGACGAGCGGGUGCUGCUGACGGAGCGGGGCAUCCUCCUCCUCCGUAGCGUGGCGCGCAAGGAUGCUGGGCUUUACCACUGCCAGGCCACGGAGCACGGCUUCACCCAGACCCUCCUGCGCCUCUCGCUGGAGGUGAUCGGCGCCCGGGAGGAGGCACCCGCCGAGCCAGCCAGCAGCAAGCUGUGGUACCAGGACUUCCUGCAGCUGGUGGACCACCCCAAUCUCAGCGCCAUGGAUCAGGUCUGCCAGCAGUUGUGGGGCCGCACAAGCCACCAGCCCAAGAAGAAGCCGCCCCGGCCUCCCCCGCUGAGCAUCCAGGCCAAGCCCCACAAGUGGAAGCAUGUGGAGGAGACGCGGAAAGCCCGCAAACGGCGCACACACGAGCUGCCCCGCGCUGAGAGAGGACCCCGCAGCGCUGCCGCCUGGUGA